AUGAUUAGUGAUGAAGAAUCUAAACUACUGUCAUCUAGUAAUAUAAGUAGUCAUAAAGCUACAUCAUUAUCAGCCGCCGGUAUACGAGCCUUAAUAUAUCAAUUACAAGCAUUAUAUCUUCGAACUCCAGUAAAAUUAUUUCGACCUUCACGAUUUGAUUAUUUAGCUUAUGUAAGAGAAUUAGCUCAUAAACAUAAUAAUAUUAAAGAAAAACCUUAUAGAUUUAGUACUCAUUCAUCAUUAGGAAUGUUAAUUACUGUAGCUAAAAAGGAAGGAUUUAGAUUUAUACCAGAUCAAGUUUUACCUCCAUUAAUAGCAAAUUCACUUACCGGAUUAAUAUUAUAUGGAACUUAUUUAACAGCUUUAGAUCAUUAUAAUGGAUCACAUUUUCAAACUAAUAAACGUCAUGAUUUUAAUUAUUAUUCUCCAAUUGAUACUUGGAAAGCAGGAUUUUUAGCUGGUUCUAUUCAAUCUUUAGCAGCUGCACCAGUUGAUGCAAUUUAUACGAGACUGAAUGUGGCAGAAUUAUUAAAUGGUAAAAAUCAAAACCUUUGGGUUUAUGGUAUAAAUAAAUUAAAAGAAGUUGGAUUAGUUGGAGUAUUUGCUGGUUAUUCAUUUUCAUUUAUUAAAGAAAGUUUAGGAUUUGCCUUUUAUUUUUCAACUUUUGAAAUAGUUAAAACUCAAGGUUAUAAUUGGACUUAUAAAGCCGUUGUUGCUUAUAGAAGAUCUAAAGAAAAAAUUGUUGAAAAAAUUGCAACCAUUACAAAAAUGGAUGAAGAAAAAGUUGAUGAAAAGUUAUUACAAUUUGAAAGGAAUAGAACGGCUAAAAUAUUAAAAUCUUCAUUUAUAUUAUUAGCAGGAGCAUCGGCUGCAUUUUCUUUAUUAGCUAUACAAUAUCCAAUUACAAAAAUUCAAAAACUUCAUCUUUCUCGAUUAGAAGCUUUAGAUAUUUAUAAUCAAGCUGCUAAUAUAAGUAGAAGACCUUUAAUUAAAUUAUAUUAUCAUUCAUAUAUUGAUACUUAUCAUCAAAUACUUAAAAUCAAGUAUAAAUCCAAAUCAUCAUAUUUCAAUCUUGCUUAUAAAGGAUUUGUAAGAAAUGCUCUUAGUACAAUCCCAGCAACUUCUAUAGGAUUGUUGGUAUUUGAAAUUAUGAGAACUAGAUUAUCUGAUAAUUUCGAAGAUUAUACAGUACUAGAGCCAUAG